UCAACCUCAAAAUGUCGAGGACAAUCCCAACAUCUGUUGAUUUCUCUCUCUACGCUAACUUCUUCAUGAUCCUCCUCCUCCUCUGCCAUGCCAACUCUCAGCUUAGUACUCAAGAACAAGUAGUGCUGCUCAACCUAAAGCAACACUGGCAAAACCCAAAUUCUCUCAGCCUUUGGAUUCCAUGGAACUCCUCCUCCCACUGUAAUUGGCCUGGGAUUACCUGCUUUGAUGGCUCAGUCACUGAACUACACCUCAAGAGCAAGAACAUCUCUGGAACAGUCCCACCCUUCAUUUGCAACCUCAAGAACCUCAAAGCUAUUAAUUUUUCAUAUAACUACUUCAGUUCAACUGAGUUUCCGAGAGCUCUCUAUAAUUGUUCCAAGCUCGAAGACCUCGACCUCUCGCAGAACUACUUUGGUGGAGCCAUCCCCGAUGACAUUCAUCGCAUGGCUCGGCUUCACAAUCUCAACCUUGGAGGCAAUAGCUUCUUUGGAAACAUCCCAUCAUCUGUCGGGCAGUUGACGGAACUAAGGAUACUUCAACUUUUUGGGUGUUUGUUUAUCGGUUCUUUUCCGCUAGAGAUUGGAAACUUGUCCAAUCUUGAAGAACUAGGAUUGGCGUUUAAUUCUAAAAUGAUGCCGAGAUUGCCUUCCGAGUUCACCAAGUUAAAGAAACUGAAGCUUUUAUGGAUGGUUCAAACGAAUUUGGUUGGGGAAAUCCCUGACAAGAUUGGAGAGAUGGCUUCACUGGAGCAUUUGGAUUUGUCCAUCAACUCUCUGACUGGGAAAAUUCCGAGCAGUUUGUUAAUGCCAAAGAAUUUACGUAUACUUUAUCUUUACGAUAACAACUUGUCCGGGGAGAUUCCUCAGGUUGUUGAAGCUUUGAACCUAGAAAACAUUGAUCUCUCAGAAAAUAAUUUGACUGGGACAAUUCCCGAUGAUUUUGGAAAACUCAUAAAACUGUCAGGUCUGAGUUUGUUUUGCAAUCAGUUAUUUGGAAAAAUCCCAGAUAGCAUUGGCCGUCUUCCGGGGCUUAUAGUUCUUAAAGUGUUUAGCAACAAUUUUUCAGGUACUUUGCCUCCAGACCUUGGUCGGAAUUCAAUGCUUCAAGAGUUUCAGGUUGCAACCAAUAUGCUUACAGGCCAGUUGCCAGAACACUUGUGUGACAAUGGAAGGUUGUUGGGAGUGGUAGCUUUUAAAAACAACCUCGAUGGAGAAUUGCCCAAGUCUCUUGGAAAUUGUAGCAGUUUGAUUAUUGUCAGAGUUUCCAGUAAUCGGCUCUCUGGGUGUAUUCCUAGCGGCAUGUGGACAUCACAGAACAUGAAAAUGUUGAUGUUAAGUGAUAAUUCUUUUAUGGGUGAGCUUCCUGAGAUAUUGUCACGGAAUCUUUUAUGGUUGGAGAUCUGCAACAACAUGUUUUCAGGUAAAAUUCCGGAGGGAGCUUCUUCCUGGAGGAAUUUGGUGGUUCUUGAGGCUAGUAAUAACCUCUUGAAUGGCACCAUUCCUCAAGGAUUAACAAUUCUUCCUCAUUUGACAACUCUUUUGCUUGAUCGGAACCAACUCUCGGGCUCCCUUCCAUCAGAUAUUAUUUCAUGGAAAGCCCUUAAUACUCUAAACAUUAGCCGAAAUGCAAUCUCUGGACAGAUUCCAGGGAAACUUGGUUUUUUACCAAGCCUUUCUGAAUUGGAUUUGUCAGAAAACCGGCUAUCUAGCCAAAUUCCACCGCAACUUGGCUUUUUGAAGCUCACUUCCCUCAAUCUUUCUUCCAAUCAUCUGAGUGGGAGUAUCCCAAUUGAAUUCGAAAAUGAUGCAUAUGCCAACAGUUUCUUGAACAAUCCUGGCCUUUGUGCUAAUCGCCCUUCAUUAAACAUCAACGAGUGCAAUUCGAAACCAAACAAAACUUCACACCAAUUAAUGGUUUGGAUUAUAAGUAUGGUGAUAGCAGUUAUUCUAGGUUUGUUAAUCUCAUUCUUUAUCAUCAAAGUUUACAGAAAAAGAAAGCUGCAUGGAUUGGAUUCCACAUGGAACAUCACCCCAUUCCAGAAUCUGAAUUUCACAAAAUUAGACAUUUUGUCAGGAUUGACAGAAAAAAAUGUGAUUGGUUGCGGUGGAUCAGGGAAGGUAUACCGUGUUCCUUUUAAUAAUUCAAUUGAUCUUGUUGCUGUGAAGAAGAUAUGGAAUAACAGAAAGCUUGAAGAGAAGCUUGAAAAAGAAUUUCUAGCAGAAGUUAAAAUACUGAGUUCAAUUCGACAUUCCAACAUAGUGAAAUUGCUCUGCUGCAUCUCCAAUGACAACUCAAAGCUUCUUGUCUACGAUUAUUUGGAAAAUCGUAGCCUAGACCAAUGGCUGCACGAGAAGAGUAGAGCAUCAACUAUCUCAAGUUCAGUCCAUCAUGUUGACCUAGAUUGGCCUAAGAGGUUGCAUAUAGCAGUUGGGGUUGCUCAAGGGCUUGCCUACAUGCACCAUGACUGCUCACCACCCAUUAUUCAUCGAGAUGUGAAGUCCAGCAACAUCCUUUUAGAUCUCGAGUUUAAUGCGCAGAUAGCUGAUUUUGGUCUUGCCCAAAUGCUGAUCAAGGAGGGAGAAUCUGCUACAAUGUCAUCUGUGGCAGGCUCUUUCGGCUACAUAGCUCCAGAAUAUGCUCGUACGAAACGAGUGAAUGAGAAGAUUGAUGUUUAUAGUUUUGGAGUUAUCCUUCUGGAGCUGACAACAGGAAGGAAAGCUAAUGACGGUGAUGAACACACAUCUCUUGCAGAAUGGGCAUGGCGAUAUUUUCAAGAAGACAAAUUUAUAGCUGAUGCCUUGGAUGAGGAAGUCAAGGAACACUGUUACAUGGAUUCCAUGUGCUGUGUUUUUAGACUCGGACUCAGUUGUACUCACAUACAGCCUUUUACGCGGCCAUUCAUGAAAGAGGUUUUGAAGGUUUUACUGCGAUGUUACAACCAGCUCUUACUCGGUUAUGGAGAGAAGAUUAAUGGUGCAAGUCAUGCUUGCGAUAUAGAUCGAUGCUUUUCCCCUCCUAAAGAGUUCGAAGCGUGAGAGGAUGCUAGAACAUGAUGAUGAUGAUGGUGUAAGUAUGGCAUCCAUCGUUUGAUCAUGACUACUUCCUUUGAUGAAA